CGGACAGAAGCAGGAAAUAUGGCGGCGCUCAUGUCACUGACUCAGAUAUCAAGUGGAAACCCUGCCUAUGAGAACUUUUACAGACAGUUGGAUCCAGCAAACACAGGGAAAAUCGGGGCAGUUGAAGCGGCUCAGUUCUUGAAGAAGUCAGGCCUGUCAGAUAGCACUCUAAGCAAGAUAUGGGAUUUGUCAGACCCAGAAAGAAAGGGCUACUUGGACAAGAAGGGUUUCUUCACUGCCCUCAGGCUAGUGGCAUCAGCACAGAGUGGCAAUGAUGUCAGCCAGAGCAGUCUAAACCAGACCACGUCAAUACCUACCCCUAAAUUUAGAGACACAGCCAGUCCAUCUCUGAUAUCAACAGCUUCUAGUGACUCUGCUUGGGCAGUGAAGUUUGAUGACAAAGUGAAGUAUGAUGGGAUAUUUGAGAGUCUCUUGCCAGUCGGUGGCCUUCUCUCAGGAGAUAAGGUGAAACCAGUCCUCAUUAAUUCUAACCUGCCCUUGGAUGUCCUUGGUAAGAUUUGGGAUCUCAGCGACAUUGAUAAAGAUGGGCAUCUGGAUAAAGAAGAGUUUUCAGUGGCCAUGCAUCUGGUUUACCGAGCCAGAGAGAAAGAACCCGUUCCUUCCACACUUCCCACCACCCUCAUUCCUCCAUCCAAGCGGAAGAAGACAGGGGGUGCAUUGCCUGGCUCUGUUCCUGUGCUGCCUUCCAGCCCCUUCCUCAUGAAGGAUGCCCUGCGAUCCACAGUGCCACUCUCCAAGAGCCCUCUGACUGUUGCCUCCAAUCUCUCACCAUCAAACUCGUUCAGAAGCUCCAGCCCCAGUCCAGUCCCCAGCCCAGCACCACUGCAGCCUGUCUCAGUGAACUGGGUGGUGCCUCAGGAAGACAGGGAGCAGUACGAGGAAAUCUUUGAGCUGGCUGACUCUGAUUUUGAUGGCAUGGUGGGAGGAGGUGAAGUUAAGGACAUAUUCAUAAACUCAGGACUGCCCCAGAGUGUGCUGGCCCACAUCUGGUCACUGGCAGAUACUAAAUGCACAGGCAAGCUGACCAAAGAACAGUUCUGUCUAGCCAUGCAUCUUAUCCAGAAAAAGGUCAAAGGGGUUGACCCUCCACAAAGCCUUACACCUGAAAUGAUUCCCCCCUCAGAGAGGGGCUCUGCUGCUUCCUCUGCCUCUACUACAAUCUCAUCCGAUUUCUCCUCAUCAGUAGGAUUUGAAUUGGCUGGACUGUCUGUGUCCAGUGUGUCCAGAGACAGCAGUAGUACAGUCGCACCUGUGGAGUUAAUUGGAAUUAAAGAGCUGGAUGAUGUUAGCCAGGAAAUCUCUCAGUUGCAGAGUGAGAAGCGCAGCAUAGAGCAGGAGAUCAGACAGAAGGAAGAGGCCAUUCGACAGAAGAACAACGAAGUUCAUGGCAUGCAGGGUGAGCUGGAGCAUGAGAACAGCAGCCUGCAGGACCUGGAGCAGCAGAAGCAGGUCGCCCAGGACAGACUGCAGGAGAUGGAGCAGCAGAGGAGCAAGCUGGACGGCAUGGUGAAGGACGCUAAGAGCAAGUGCACGGAAGAGAGCAGCAGGAUCUCCUCUCUGCAGACACAGAUCCUGUCUCAAGAGUCAGACUUAAAGACACAGCAGAAGGAACUGAGCCGAACCAAAACAGACCUGUAUUGUCUGGAACAGGAGGAAGAGCAACUGGAGGAGAGCCUCCGCGCAGGCAAAGCCAAACUAGAGAGCAUCCUCAAACUGCUCAAAACUUCACAGGACGAGAUGGACGAGACACGGAGUGAGCUCUCACAGAUCCAGGAGAGCCAGAAGGCACUGAAUAAAUCCAUUGAGCGCUUCAGCAAAGCUCUAAACGGCAGCAUGAGCAACCUGGCUGAGAUUGACCAACUGCUCGCUGAGGAGGGUUCGACACCCAGCACCACUGUGGAGGACUCCUUCAAGUCAAAGCUGGCCAUGUUUAAUACUAACCCCACACAGGAUCUCAACGUGGACCCCUUCCAGAGUGAGGACCCCUUCAGAAGUGACCCGUUCAGUAAAGCUGAUCCCUUUGGCAGUGAUCCCUUCAAACAGAACGAUCCUUUCAGAGACCCCUUCAGCAGCUCGGAUCCAUUUGCUAAAAGCGCUGCCAGCCCUUUAAAGGCCAACCCUUUUGGUAGGCAGGGGAGUGUUACAUCCAGCAGUUCUAAGUUCAAAGACUCAGACCCUUUUGCUACAACGGACCCUUUCGGCAGCGACUCUUUUGGCGGGAAGACCAGCUUUGCAGACUUUGGAAAUAUGUCAAAGGGCUCCGGUGGGCAACCUUUAGGCCGGAAACCAACCUACCCUCUGCCGCCUCCCAAAAAACCUGUGCCAGCCAGACCAGCACCGCCGCCGUAUGGCACAAGUUCAGCAGGAGCUCAUAAAGGGCUUGCUGCUCGUAGCCAAGCAUUCACUGCCCCCCACGUUCGAAAGCCACACGACUCUUUCUCCUUGUCCCAGUCCAAUAGAUCUGCCGUAACUGCGUCUUCUGCGUUUGCAGACUUUAGAGCUUUCGGAAAUGAGGUAGAGCAGCUGGAGUGGGCCAAGCGAGAGAGCAAGAGGGAGGAGGAGGAGCGUCUGAGGAGGCUCCGCCUUCAAGAACAGCAGGAUCUGGAGUUGGCUCUCGCUCUCAGCAGGGCUGACAUGUCUAGGACAUGAGAUGAGUCUACACUCCGUCCUGCACAUCAGCGCCCAACACUGCAAAAAAGCUGCCACUUCCUCUGAUGCUAAAUACUGUCCUGCUACUACUACUACUGAAAUUCUCAGAGUGCAGCCUUCCCCUGAACUUUGACUUGUAUGUCGCUCAGUAGUUUCUGCUGCUAAAAAACACUACCCUAAUCUGCCUUAGACCCAGUCAAAUCCAACAGCCAAAAUUCCAUAUUGUGAUUAUACUGCUACGUAUCACAGUUGCAAUGUGAGUUACAGUAUGUCAAAAACAUAUUAGAGUUGAUUGCCCUGACUGACAUUACUUAUUUUAUUGGGUUAUGCAGAUGCCUUGGUUCAUAAAAAAACACACACAGAAAUCAUCUGGAGCAUUUCAGGUUGGUCCAGAUGCUCACAGCACAAAAUAAAACAUUUAGUGAUUGGAUCCAAGGCUCAUUUAAGCCUUCAGUGAUAUAUAAGUACUGCAAUACUGAUACCAACAAAUAUAUUGCGCUGGGGGUGGGCGAUGUGGCAAAAAUAUAUCACAAUACGUUUUCUGAAUUAUGUACUUAUAUAUGUUCAUUUCACAUACUGUGCUACCUUAAAGGGGAAUUCCACAGAUUUUUCGAAAUUUCUACAAAAUUUAAUCCUUGAGAGGUAAACGAAGUCAUUUGGAGUUGUUUGAUGUGAUGUGGUUUGUUGUAGAGAAGCAUUCUAUUUACUGUCCAAAGCACACGUGUCAGGCUCCAAUCCUCACAGGCCACAACACUGCAGACUUCAGCCAACUGCCUCAUUAAACACUCCUGAUUCAGCUCAUCAGCUAAUUAGCAAGGCCUUUAUCAGCUGAAUUCAGAGCGUUAGAUGAAAGCAAACGCUAAUCUCUGCAGCACUUUGGCCCAGAAGGUCCCCAGUUUGACAUGCCUGAUCUAAAGCUACAUGACUUUUUAUAUGUAACAUUGAUAAUGGUAAAAUAAUGGAAAAACCAAUCGUAAAGCAAUGUCUCAGGCACUGAGCAAUGCAUUUCUAACCAUUUCAUGUAGUAACUGUCUGUGAGAGAGCUUUUAGAAGAAAUAAAUACGUUAGACAUCAGGUUCCUAUCGCCACCACUGUGAACCAUUCUGAUUCUGCAAGUUUCUUAAGAAUGGAGCGUUUCAUAUCAAACCACUCUUAAUGACUGUUUGUGUCUUAAUGAUUUACUUAUGCAAAAAAAAUUCACAGUGUUCAGUGUUCAAGUACUGACAAUAUCCAUGACAUUCCAAGAAAACAUGUUGUGACAUAAUGUAACAAUUGCUAAUGAAUCUUUAACAAUAUCAGCACAUUUCUCACCCCCAUGUUGUGCAGCCAUAGUUACCUUCCAGGUGCCUUCCAGAAUGCGCUGCCGUAUGCCUUAAAUUAAAUUUCAGAUGAGAGACACCUAUGCUUGCCUUUAAAUACUGUGCAUAGUAUCAGGUUCAUGGCUGCAUCCGUAACAGGCACCAUCCAAAAAAUAUUGCAGAGAUAACAAACCACACAUGCAUACGUUUCUCACCAGAUUUUUAUCUAAUAUGCUUCACAAGGGGUUCACACAGCUUUUAUGACAUUGCUGCACUCAGAAUCUCUGGCAAAAAUGACCAGUGUUAGCUUUCCACUUGAAGACCAAAUGCUGUAUGUCUCUACAUGUGUGGCCUCUUUCUCCUCUCCAUUCUCCUUACCCCUACCAUACAGAGUCCCUAUUACAGUUGGGUGUAAAUACAGGGUUGAUGAAGGUCUCUGAGUGCACUAUAUUUCAUGCAUCAUACAUCCCACAUACAAAGCCUGCUGUUCUUUAAACAGAGAGAAACUUAGAUUAGAAGGAUCCCUUCAUAGAACAGAGUUCAUAAAUCAGUGCUUCCAUUUUUAACAGCAUGGCUUACAGUUGCAUUCAACCAAAGUACUGUCCUGAUGUUUCUCAGCAGCCAAAGAACGAUAUAUACUCAUCCCAUAAGCUUAUGAGAAAUAAGAAAGGCUGUAGGGUCUUGUAAAUGACGUGCAUUAUUUGAGCAGUUACUCAGUUAGCAACUAGCUAUACAUAUCAUCACUGCCCAAAAAAACAAAUAUCUCCACAGUGGUAAUUUUAAGUAAAGAAUGUUUUUUGCGCUCCUGGGUGUAAGUUAAAAUAGAGAUUUUAGCAAUUAAGCCUUAAGGCAUGAAAUUUUGUGUGCUCAAAUGAUGUAAGGGGAAAAAAAAAUCGCAAAAAAUUGAGAUACUUUGGACAGUGACGAUAUACUAUGUAUAGACCCCUGAGAAUAGGUCAUCAUUUUGUAGUUUGCCAUUAGCAUCCAGAGACACCCUGGGUCCAAGCAAUUUUUUUCUGUGGGAAAAAUAUAUGGCGUUUUCCAAAAUCGCCCUUCACACUGUCUGGUUAACAGACAAGGUCCAAAGCUGAUAUAUGUUGUUCUGCAUGCAUGUCCCCCUAAAUAUCACUGUCAAUUGAAUUACAAGGUUGUUGACUGUCCUCUUGUUAGCGAAUUCCACUAAUUUUUCAAAAUGUCUGCCUAAUUAAGUUGUUAAAACAAAGUCAGUCAGAGUGGUCUGAUGUGAAAUGCAUCAUUGUAGAGAAACUUGGUGAGUCAGGAGUGUUCACAGUGGUGGUGGUAGGAAUCAGACAUGUGAAGCGGUUAAUAAAUCUAAAAGCUACAUCACAGAAAAUUAUUACGAGAAAUGGUGAUGAACACGCUGCCUGAUGCCUGAGACAUUGUUUUGUGAAGAUUUUGGCCUAAAACCUCAUGGUAGAGAGGUACACGCAGGGUGUUGGAAGUCAAAAUAGUCUCUAAAGAAAACCUAUUUUUACCACCAAUUUCGGUUCACUGGAUAGUAAUAAGUAGUGAAUAGUAAAUAAAAUGGCUAUUUUUGCGUUGUAGACGUUACCCCUGGUUCAGGCCUUGCCGGGGGGGCACUGCCCUACUAACCAGUCGGCAUGCUUAAGUGCCUUUGGCAGUAGUAGGCUGCUAUUUGAGUAGCUGGUGUUAUAUUGUACUUUUGAUUUUAGCCUUGCCUUCAUGUAAUCUAGUAAUGUUAAUGAAAUGUGCAGGAGUGUUAGCUUGCUUGUAGCAUGUAUGUAGCAAUAUUGACUCCUUAAUGACCUUGUAAUUAAGAGAACAGUGACAUUCAGGGGGAAAAUGCACACAGGACAGUAUGCAUUGUGUGCACUUUGGGGCAUUUUUGUUUACCACAGGGUGCGAUGGGGCAAUUUUCGGCAGAACCGCCACCAACUACAAAAUGAUGCACAACCUCAGAAGUCUUUUAGAUACCUAAAAACAUUACUCCUCCUGUGUAUGCUUUGUCCAAAACUCAGAAACAGGCAUUUUGACGUUUUUAAUUCAUUUGUAAUGAGAUGUGCACUAGACAUUUGCAUGCAACGUCUUCUCAUUUAAAUCUUUCAAGCUGAGAAAGACUGAAUAAUACAGUAAAUAUUUCAAAUAUUUAAAGCGGUGGUUCUCAGUUUAUGGGGACUCCAUGCACUGCACAUUAGUGUUUUCCCUGCUCAAAUGCACCUGACUCAGGUGUGAAGGGCUUGCUAAUUGCCUAAGGAGUUAAAGCAGGUGUGCUAGAACAGGGAGAAUGCUGGUAGGCAUGUGCGAACGGCAAAUGAAGGCUAGUGUGGCUGCUUAGCAUGAUAUCAUUCUUAGCUUACAAUGGUUGGUAGCCACAUUAGCAUGCAUUAAAUAGCUGCCUUAAGGUCAUUAGUAAACGAACAAUCUCUGUGCUCAUUCUCUAAUGUCUGCCAAGUUACCUUCCUCGCACAGGUAAAAACUUCAGACCAAGUAACAGCACAUAAACCAUUGGAACUGGACUCCGAGUGGGAAAGUUUUGUUAAGUUUUCAGAGUAUUUAAAUGUGGUUAGUUGUUGGAAUGUUAGCUUUUCAUGAUGGUAUGGUAAUGAAAUUUGUUGAAUUGUAAAAUUAGAAUGAACUUGAAUUACUGUGGAGGUUUUAUUAUGGUUUUAGGAUGUUCUGUAAUGGCCUUAUACUGUAUAUGGUGUUACAUUUUUAUGUCUUAUAUUUAUUACACUUCUUAUGUACAACACUACCUUUACAUAUUUUACAUAAUAUAUCUAUAUGGCAGACAUUUACUUAUUUAUACUUUUGUUUGGUGUAGAAUUAAUCACUGAGAUUGCUCUGCUUUUGUGAAUUUCCCAUAUUUCAUAACAAAUAAUGAAUUGGUGAAAAUGGAUUAUAUUUGCAUAGCUUUGACAUUAAACUCAAAUAAUCAGUCUAA